AUCUGUAUUUUAACAGGGCUUUCUAUUGUUAAAAGAGAUGCAGAGGAGGAGGGAGGUGGCGGAGAUGAGACCAACUCCGGAGGGGGCGCCAACUCGGACACAGACAGUUCAGACGGGGAGAAUGAACAGAGUUCGAACGCUCAGAGUGCAGUGGAGAAGCCACACCCUUGCUCCCAGUGUGGCAAGACCUUCAUCACCGUGGGGAGCCUGAAGAGGCACACACAGACUCACAGCGGAGAGAAACCCCACCGGUGCUCCGUCUGCGGGAAAUGUUUCUCACGCUCAGAUGACAUGAAGAGACACCUCACCAUCCACACAGGAGAGAGGGUGAGCCACGUCUGUCAUCAGUGUGGGAAGACUUUCACCAGUCUGGGAGGGCUGAAGAAACACCAGAUGACCCACACAGGAGAGAAGCCGUUCCAGUGUUCUGAGUGUGGGAAAGGUUUCACUGCGCAGGGUAACCUCAAGAUCCACCAGCUCAUCCACACAGGGGAGAAACCGUACCAGUGCUCCCAGUGUCAGAAAAGCUUCUCCCGGCUGGCCCACUAUAAAGACCACCAGCAGACUCACCGGGAGGAGAAACCGUACCACUGCAAUGACUGUGGGAAAAGCUUCUCCUACUUCAAGUCGCUCAAGUGCCACCAGAUGAUCCACAAAGGGGAGAACCUCCACCACUGCUCCGUAUGUGGUAAAGGGUUCGCCAUCCGCGGCAACCUGAAGACCCAUCUGCAGACACACACCAAGGAGAAACCACACCAAUGCUCAGAGUGCGGGAAACGGUUCUCCCGAGCCCACGACCUGAAGAAACACAAGCUGCUCCACACGGGGCAGAAGACCUACCACAUUUGCCAGUGUGGCAAGAGCUUCACGGAGCUGGGGAACCUGCGGACCCACCAGAGAACCCACACCGGAGAGAAACCAUUCUGCUGUUCCUUCUGCGGCCGAACCUUCUUGCGUGCUGGAGACCUGAAGAGCCACCAGCGGACACACACCGGAGAGAAACCUUUCAUCUGCUCCAUAUGUGGGACCAGUUUCGCCCAAUCUGGCAACCUAAAAGUGCAUCAGAUCACACACACUAAAGAGAGGCCGUACCCUUGUACUGUCUGUGAUAAGGGGUUCACCACACCGGGGAGUCUGAAGCUACACAUGAGGACACACACCGGGGAGCGGCCUUUCCUGUGUAGCGCAUGUGGGAAAGGGUUCACGGCGUCAGGGCAGCUGAAGAGGCACCAAGAGUGUCACAUGAGAGACACUGUCCAAUCAUCUCCUAGUGAAGACACGGCGGUGGCUUCAAAAUAAUAGUCCUCUCUAAGCGGACUACAAAAUAAGAGUACUGGAAACGUGCCAAUGUGUGUCUGAACUGUGAUCAUGAUGGGAGGUUUUAUUGCUUCAUGAUGUCCCUAAUG